AUGUUCUGCACUCAUGAAUGCCGUGAGUGUGGCAAAAAGUUCAGUGAUAAGAGUCACCUCAACGCACAUACCCUUAUACACACUGGUGAAAGACCUCAUGAAUGCCGUGAGUGUGGCAAAAAGUUCAGCAGGAAGAGUGACCUCAAGAAACACACCCUUACACACACUGGUGAAAGACCUCAUGAAUGCCGUGAGUGUGGCAAAAAGUUCAGAGUUAAGAGUAACCUCAACACACACACCCUUAGACACACUGGUGAAAGACCUCAUGAAUGCCUAGAGUGUGGCAGGAGGUUCAUUUCUAUGUCUGUGUUGAACAUGCACAUCUUCAGACACUCUGGCCUGAGAGAGUUCAAGUGUGAUGUUUGUAAGAAACAUUUCAAGACCAAGCAGGAUAUUGCUCGGCACAUGAAGAUCCACUUCCCCUGAGGUGUUGUGUUGUGCUGCUGUAAGUGUUAUGCACGGAACUUUCCAUAUGACUCAAGAAUCACGUGACAGUACAAUUCUGUAUAGCUUGCACUUCUCUCUGCCAUCAGUGUUCAGUUACAGGCUGGCAGCCGCGAGAUCCACACGUUUGUCACUCGUCUCGUCCGCGGCUUGUAUACACCGUUCUUGUUGUGCUUCACAGAUAAAUAUAUUGUGGACUAAAAACAUGGACCUUUUCAUAAACUCAACCAAAGUAAUGUAUGUGGUGGGGGGCAGCGUUUGGUAGCCCAUCCUGGUUCUGACGACAGGCCUGACCAAACAGCUGUUUUCCUCGAUGCAUCUGCAUAAGGUAAGCCUGCCGCCCAUGGCAGGUUUGCCUUGUGCAGACGCAUAGGGGGGAAUUACACGG